AGUUGAAAGUCCAUCACAAGACAGAACACAUCUCUGUGAUUUUUUAAAUUAAAUAUUUUAUUAUUGCAAAAUGUCGAUUAAUAUUAAUCUUCUUUUCGUAAUUUUUUUUUUAUCAUUAAGUUGUUGUAUUGAAUCCACACCUGUUCAACAAUGCAAAACUGAAUCGAAAUUGAGUUUUGAUACUAUUAAAUCAGUCGAUGUAUCCAAUUGUAAUAUUGAGCUGCCUUGUCUAUUGAAAAAAAGUACAACAGUUCAUAUUGAACAAGUAUUUAUUCCAACAAGAAAUGUUAAGGAUUUAGUAACAUCAGUGUAUGCAACAAUAAAUGGAUUGCCAUUGCCAUUUAUAGGUGUCAAUGGAUAUAGUGCAUGUAAAGAAAUUUAUAAUAUUGAUGGUACACCAGCUGGAUGUCAAUUGGCAGCAUACAACACAUACAUUUAUAGAAAUAGUUUUCCAAUUUAUUUAAUCUAUCCAGAGAUUUCAUUGACUGUUUAUUGGGCUUUAAAAGAAAAAAACGAUGCUGUAACUUGUUUCGAAGUACCAGCUCGUAUCACCAGUAGCUAGUAAAAUUAUUUCGUUAGAAAAAAAUUUAUUUAAAUUUAAAAAAAAUUAAUCUGAUAAAACUAUAUCCAUUAUUCUGAGUUUUCCAAUUUUUUUAACUUCUUCAAUUCCAUUUUUAAUUUCUUCAAUUUUUGAAUUUUUUAAUCUCAUUUUAAUUGCUUUUAAUAUAUCCUUUACCAUAUUUUGUCUUGCACAAAUGACAAAUGGAAAUGUAAAUUUUUCUUUGUAUCUAAAAAAUAAUAUAAAAAUAAUUAAUAAAUUUAAAAAUAAUUUAUAAAAAUAAAU